AAACCAAAAGAAAAUCCCUCUUUGCUUGCUUCCUCUUCCCCCUCUCUCUCUGAAUCGAAGCCAUGGAAGCGAUACUGGUAGACUGUGUAAACAACAGUCUCCGCAAUUUCAUGUAUCGAAACGCCAUUUUCAUGUGCGAGCGUCUAUGUGCCGAGUUCCCAUCCGAGGCAAAUUUACAAUUGUUAGCUGGCUGCUAUUUGCAAAAUAAUCAAGCGUACUCCGCAUAUCAUAUUCUGAAAGGCACACAAAUGGCUCAAUCCCGCUACUUGUUUGCUAUAUCAUGCUUUCAGAUGGAUCUUCUAAAUGAAGCUGAAGCAGCAUUAUGUCCUGCUAACGAGCCUAGUGCAGAGGUUCCAAAUAGUGCAGCUGGACAUUACCUUCUUGGACUUAUUCACAGGUACACUGAUAGAAGGAAAAGUGCCAUUCACCACUUCAAGCAGGCUUUGGCUAUAGAUCCUUUACUUUGGGCUGCAUAUGAAGAGCUGUGCAUUUUAGGUGCUGCUGAAGAGGCAAUUGCAUUUUUUGGUGAAGCAGCUGCUCUUUGUAUUCAAAAGCAGUUCAUAAACCAUGCAUCGGCUUCCCAAAACAUGCAUAUGUCCAAUGAGGAUCGUAAUUUACUCUCCAUUAGAAACUUUGCCUCCGAAGAUGUUAGUCCUAGGCAGUUGAAGCACACACAAGGGAAUAACCUAAGGGAUAUUGCUGGAGCUGCAACUAUCAAUCAACCUCCUAACGGUGGCCCUCCAAACUUGCCAUUUUAUAAUACUCCUUCGCCAAUGGCCACUCAGUUGUCAGCUGUUGCCCCACCACCUUUGUGUAGAAAUUUGCUGCCAAAUGGUCCAAAUCCUAUCGCACUUGGUGCUGAUAACUCCCCAAAGUCAAUUGUCAACUCUAAUAUUCAAGCCCCUCGAAGAAAAUUUGUUGAUGAAGGGAAAUUACGGAAGAUCUCUGGGAGGUUAUUUUCUGAUUCUGGCCCUCGACGAAGUACAAGACUAGCUGCAGAAGCAGGGGCCAACUCAAAUACAACUGCUCCAUUGGUGGCAGGGAAUGGAAUUAGCAACUCAUCUAAAUAUCUUGGUGGUUCUAAAUUGAGCUCUAUGGCACUACGAUCUGUGACAGUUCGUAAAGGACAAUCAUGGGGCAAUGAAAAUUGUGAUGAAGGAAUACGCAAUGAGACUUUUGAUGAUUCACAAUCAAAUAUUACAACACAUUCUACUUCAUCACCCUCUGGUGAUAGUAGGCGUCUUGAAUCUGAAGGAACAUCUAUACCAGUUGGUGGAGUUCUCAUGAGUGCCUCAAGGGUCUUAACUGGGGCAUCAGAAUUAUUAGGACUCUUGAGAACUCUUGGGGAAGGCUAUAGACUUUCCUGCUUGUACAGGUGCCAGGAUGCACUGGAUGUCUAUAUGAAACUGCCCCACAAGCAUUAUAAUACUGGCUGGGUACUUUCCCAGGUUGGAAAAGCAUAUUUUGAAUUAGUUGAUUAUUUAGAAGCUGAGAGGGCUUUCAAUCUUGCUCGUCGAGCAUCACCAUAUAGUUUAGAAGGAUCGGAUAUAUAUUCUACUGUUCUUUAUCAUUUGAAGGAGGACAUGAAGUUAAGUUACUUGGCCCAAGAAUUGAUAUCAACUGAUCGUUUGGCUCCUCAGUCUUGGUGUGCCAUGGGAAACUGCUAUAGUUUGCAAAAAGACCAUGAAACUGCACUGAAAAACUUUCAGCGGGCUGUGCAGCUUAAUUCAAGAUUUGCCUAUGCCCAUACUCUUUGUGGUCAUGAAAAUGUAGCUUUGGAGGAUUUUGAGAAUGGAAUUAAAAGUUACCAGAGUGCCUUACGGAUUGAUUCCAGACAUUAUAACUCCUGGUACGGUCUUGGGAUGAUUUAUCUUCGACAAGAGAAGUUUGAGUUUUCGGAGCAUCAUUUCCGAGUCGCUUUCGAAAUAAAUCCACGUUCAUCUGUUAUAAUGUCAUAUCUUGGGACGGCUUUACAUGCUUUAAAGAAAAAUGAGGAAGCUUUGGACAUGAUGGAGAGGGCAAUUUUAGCCGAUAAGAAAAACCCGCUUCCCAUGUAUCAAAAGGCUAAUAUACUUGUGAGCUUGGAAUAUUUUGAUGAAGCUCUUGAAGUUCUAGAAGAGCUGAAAGAGUAUGCCCCUAGAGAAAGCAGUGUAUAUGCUUUGAUGGGUAAAAUCUAUAAGAGGCGUAACAUGCAUCAGAAGGCAAUGCUUCAUUUUGGUCUUGCUUUGGAUUUGAAACCAUCUGCAACAGAUGUUGCUACAAUUAAGGCUGCUAUUGAAAAGCUGCAUGUACCAGAUGAAAUAGAAGACAGCUUGUAGAUGUUCAAGUUUUGGCAAUACAAAAACCGAGAACCUGACACAAAAUAUAUGGCUCAGAACUUACUGGCUCAGGAGAUCCCAAGCCUGUGCUUUCGAUGAGUGGCAAAUAAAUUGCUUCAUCCUUGAUGCAUUUGCUGUUCGGGAUGUCCCUUACAUCCAACAGGCCUUGUACAUCUUCUCAUAGGUGAUUAACUUGCACUGACAGAAAACUAGCUAAUGAAGGCUGUGGAGACUGGAAACUGCAACACUUGUACGAUAGAUGUACCAUCAUGUCAAGAGGAAAUGGUAGGUAUGAUUCAUUUGUAGCUGUUCAUAUUUGUAUUUUAUUGUCUGUUCUCUUCAAAUUAAUGAUUACCUCACGGAUUCUGGCUCACAGCCAGAUUUUUUGAACCUCGAUCAAAUCCUUGGGAUACUGUAAUUGUACUGAGGUAGAGAUGUAAGGAAUUUUUGUGCUUAUUCCACUCAUAAUCAAAAUCUCUGAGUUUGAUAGA